AUGGCAGAUGGUACCUACCGGUUCCAGCAGCCUGUGGCCGGGCAGUUCUACUUCCAGCAACAAACACAGCAGCACAACCACACCAACGCACACCAAAGACAACUCGUCCGGAACGGAACUGGAUCUCCAACUGGCAGACUGAAAUUCAAUACCGACACUCCUUCCCCGUCCCGCUCUCCUCCACUCAACCAGUCACCUGGCCAUAACCCAUACAAUAUGUAUUCGCAAGGGCAGCAUGUCAUGAUGAAUGGUGGUCAAACUCAUCAAAGAUUUGGAAUGCCAAUGCAGAAAUUCCAACAUCCAAGCCAUCAUCCACAUCAUUCCCAACAACACCCACACCACCAACAUCCUCACUCCCAAGCUACUCACACUGCUAUCGGCCAUCAACCUAACUUCUCAUCCGGAGCCCUGUCAAGCACAGCCCCCCACUUUACUCCCACCCACAUCCCCAACGGCACUACAACCAACGUGGAUGAAGAAGUCGAAGAGCCUAUGAAUGAGCAUUGGCAGCAGCAACUACAACUUGCUGCAGAGUCGAGACAAGCAAACUCCCCGCACUAUUACGCACGGGCCGUUGCUCAACAGACGAAGGGCAUCCAGCUCACAACGAGCCCAGCCGAGACCAAUGAAAAUGGUUCCGAAGAACGCAGCCGUUCCAAAACGACCAAAGACCCUUUUAAAAGACAGGAUUGGAUGGCUCUAGAUUUUGGUGGACAAGGUCUUCGAGCAAUCUCUACCCCUCUUUUCGACUACGUUUUUCUGGAAAAGCUUUAUCUCAAUCACAAUAAAUUGAAGGCCCUCCCCCCAAAUAUCGGCAAGCUGAAAGGCCUCACUCAUUUGGACGUAUCCGGCAAUGAGCUAACUGAACUUCCUGAAGAAAUUGGUAUGCUCAUUAAUCUCAAAAAGCUUCUUCUAUUCGACAAUAACAUCCAUUCACUUCCCUACGAAAUGGGUUACCUAUAUCAACUGGAUACUCUAGGUGUAGAAGGAAACCCCUUGAAUGAAGUCUUCAAAUCACGGAUUAUGCAGGAAGGCACCAAGGCACUCAUUACGUAUCUUAAAGAAGAGAUGCCGGUUCAUUUGCCUCCUUCGGAACGAGAUUGGAUUGUCCUGGAUGAUUCGGACAGAAACCCCACUAAAGGCCAAAGGGAGAAGUUUACUGCCCUCUCCUAUAAUACCCUCUGUGACAGAUCAGCAACCCAUCAACAACAUGGUUAUGCGCCCUCCCGAGCGCUUGCUUGGGAAUAUCGCAGGGACCUCAUUUUAAAUGAAAUAAAAGGGUACAAUGCCGAUAUUGUGUGUUUGCAGGAAAUUGACCAAGGCAGCUAUCAUGGCUUCUUCAGAGAACAGCUUGCAUACAACGAUUACAAGGGGGUUUACUGGCCAAAGGGAAGAGCUCAAGGUAUGCCCGAAGAGGAGGCCAAGGUGGUCGACGGUUGUGCGACGUUCUUCAAAGGCAGUAAAUACAUUCUUCUCGAGAAGAAUAUGAUUCAUUUCGGCCAAACUGCAGUCCGCAGACCCGAUGCCAAAGGCCAGGACGACAUCUACAACCGAUUAUGGCAGAAGGACAAUAUUGCCGUAGUCACGUAUCUGGAGAAUCGAUUGUCCGGAGAGCGGUUGAUAGUGGUGAAUGUUCACCUGUACUGGGACCCAGCGUAUAAAGACGUGAAGCUUAUCCAGGCUGCAAUUUUGAUGGAAGAGGUAACGCAGCUUGCCGAAAAGUAUUCCAAGAUUCCCGCUUGUACAGAUAAAACUGCAUUCCGAUUCUCCGAGCCGGAGCAUUCGACAGAUGGUGGGGGUACUGCGACGCCUGUGGAACCAGCACCUUCAGUUGAAUAUAGUAGUGGCUCUCAGAUCCCCCUUAUUAUAUGCGGUGACUUCAACUCCUACCCUGGAUCUGCCGUGCAUGAAUUGAUGAGCCGUGGCCGUUUGAUCGAAGACCAUCCGGAUCUUGAGAAGCGUCUCUAUGGGAACCUCAGUCGCGUCGGCAUGUCAUACCCUUUCAACCUGAAAUCCGCAUAUGGCGCUAUUGGAGAACUCGACUUUACCAACUAUACUCCCGACUUUGCUGAUGUGAUCGACUACAUUUGGUAUACUUCCAACGCUCUGCAGGUGACUGGCUUGCUUGGCGCAGUGGACAAGGAGUAUCUGCAGCGAGUUCCCGGCUUCCCCAAUUACCAUUUUCCUAGUGAUCACCUUGCCCUAAUGGCAGAGUUUUCUUUCAAAAGCAAGAAAGGGAAAGUUGUCGAAGUAGAUUUCGGGCCGCAACGGGACAGGGACAGGGAUAGAGAUCGGGAUAGGGCGACUUGA